AUGUCAACCACGGAGCUGAUUAACAUCUCCGCCCACGGUCCCUUGAGUCCAAGUCAUUUUUAUGCCAGAGAACUAAUCUGUGCUUCCCGCUUAUGGCAGGAUUUCACCGAACCCAUAGAGUUCGCUAUAUGGAUGGCAUCCUCAGAAGUAGACCAAAAAUUUCUUGGUCACUUUGCUACCCAAACCAGCGAAACAAACCCGUUCCUCUCGGGUAUGCUAUAUAAGAUUUUGGGGCUUUCCGUCAUAUUAUCCAAGAAGCUGCUUCGGGCACGAAAACUGCGACGGCUGGAUCCUACGAGGGAAACAAAGUCGUUUCAAUUAUACCAUCAUAUCCUAUGGCUUUCGAGGGAAGGACUGAUAAUAGUGGAGCAGUAUGUGCAUCCUAUGGUAGCAGAUUAUGUGGAGCUGCGCGUUUUAGCAUAUAAGCUGCAAGCGUCGUUCUACCACAUAUUUGUGCUUUUCCAUAAUCAGCCGCGUGUCUACCAUCGAGGUAUCCAGGCUCUACCCGGCUCAGCAUCAUUUGUUGAUAUUGUCAAUGCAACUGUUCCCUCUGGUGAACAAAAGGGGGGUAAUUCGCAGGAUCCAUCAUCAGUGCCUUCCCAUCCAGCAGAAGGUGGCCCUGUUGGGGCUGGGAGCCACCUACAACCUCCAGGGCUGGAAGUACCAGUUCAGCCCAAGUUCGCAGCUUCUUUUAUUCUUCCUGCCAUAGACUACACCCCGCGAGCAACAGAAUGUUUCACCUAUGUGGCUGCACUGGCCGACCAGCUUCUACCAGGCUCCCAUCCGAUCCGUCUGUCAGUGAAGCUUGAGUAUGCCGCAUAUCUAUAUGAUUGUCUGAACGAUUCGAAAGCAUGCAGACGCCUGGCCAAACAAGCUAUCGCAGAUGUGUACAAUGCCCAGGAGGGUAUGGACGAUGAAAGCUUCGAAGAUGCAGCGGAAUUAGUGAGUGUGCUAGGCAAGAUGGUCAAGCGAGGAGGUAAAACUACCAGCAGUACAGGCGGAAGCAGCAAUGGUGGAGCUGGAGCUGGAGAUAAAUCAGUCAGCGAUGCAAGCCAGGGCACACCUCGCGAAGUUGCUGUUGCGGCUGCGGACGUCGGCGGUACGCCGAAGAGCAGCCAUCAACAGCCAAAACAACAGCAGCCUUCAACCCCUCAACGACCAAUCCCGGUUACCAGAGGAACGCCACCAAACAUCCCAGCAGAAACAGGACUUGGCCUAGCAAUUCCCUCUACCACCAUGGCCAAUCCAAUAUAA